AUGUUCGGUCAACUUGCUCUUAUAUCUGCUGCUCUCAUUCCACUCGCAUUGGCAGCGCCUAUGGCGUCGAACGAUGUAGAGAAGCGGUCUACCGAUCUCCAAUGUGUAGAAUAUCAGUAUGGAGGCCCAUUUACAUCAACGGGUUUCAACGGAUUCAUCCACCUUUACUCCAACAUCACUCAAUACGACCCUGAAAGUGAAACUACUUCAUUCAACGAGUCCAGAUUGGGUACCGCAGAAGACGGAACUAUUCAACCUUGUGGAGACUGUAGGACAACCGAGCUCUUUGGAUUCGAAGUCUGUCAGACACGUGAUAGAAAGGCAUUCAAUGGUCUCGAGAAUUCCGCAAACUUCUUUUACGGUCAUCUCACAUACUACAAUGUCGGCGAUUUCAAGUGUCUAACAGCUUCCAAUUCAACCUUCGAGAACUCUACUCUGACACUUGCCGAUUGCCAGUAUGAGUACGAGACUGCAAGUAGUUCUGGACAAUAUUUCCAAAUGUCAAUAUCCGACGUCGACGACGUGUGGUAUGCCCUUUUAGUCAAUGAUACAACCUCAUUCGGUCCUUCUCCCAAUGUGAACGACAACGGUACCCUGGAACUUUACGAUAUUAUCGGGGCUAACAAGACCUUUACCUACUUUGGCUUCAAGGCUCAGGUGUUUUAA